GUUGGGCGUCAUGGCGGGGACCCAUACACAGUGCAGUGAUAAUAAUUUCUCGUUGAAAUCUGAAAUUUCCAACGUCAAAUUGGCUGGCAGCUCGGGCUAUUAGAUGGGUUUCUGUUUGCACUGCUAUUCCAGAGAAAAAAGCCUCCAAAUUGUGAUCUUGAUGAAGCCCAAAAUGUGUUUUGAGCUCUCUCAGGCUCUGAUCAAAUGGCAGAGAAAACUGAGAAGAAUUGCUUCUGUCCUGUGUCGAAAAAAUGGGGGAAAAGCCUCUCCAUUCAGUGAAGAGGGUGGUGAAAUGUUAAAUGUUCCUUCUGGGCACUUGCCUGUGUAUGUGGGCAUUAUUCAGCAGAAGCGCUUUGUGGUGAGGGCCACAGAUCUCAACCAUCCCCUGUUUAGGGAGCUCCUGGACAGGGCAGAAGAAGAAUUCGGGUUCGAAUCUCCUGGCCUGCUGACUAUUCCUUGUGAGGAAUUCCACUUCUUGAAUAUUCUAGGAGUGGUUAGAAACAAGGAGGCAGAUCAGAAGCCUCUCAACUUAAAUGUCAUGUGUGUUUGUAGUUUAGACUGUGGAUAUGCUGAGAGUUGACUGUAACAGUUAAGGCCACUUCAAGUAUGGAGUUUCAGGCCUCUUUUGCAGUCUGUUAAUUUUGUUGAGAGCUGAACAAGGAGGAUCUUUAGCUGAUACAAUGUGGCAUCACAUUUAGUUACAGAGCCUUGUUGGGUAUUUAUAGUCCUCGAAGAAAUUGGAUUGUUCUUGUACCCAGAAAUGUAUUGAUUACCGACUUCCAGAACAAAUCAGUGCACGGAAUCCAGAUUCCAGAUCCAUGAAAUCAUUGGAGGCAAAGGAGAAUCGUCCAUUGACCUCUUCCUAGGUUAUGAGAUUAUACUUCCUAUGUUUUGGGAAUUUGUUUUAUAGAAUGUACUUACACCAGUACUGGGUUGUGUUCCAAAUUGCAGAUUCAAGGGAUGUAUUCUGUGAUGUGCUUCUGUUCCAAGUACAGUCUUGAUGUUCUAUAGCUUUGUUAUCUUGGUCACCUUCUAGUAAUUGAGCACCUUAUUUUUGGGUCUGAGGUGUCCAAUAGGGCCUCCAAAAAGGUUAG